AUGAAGGAAGAGACCAAACCAUCAGCCACCAAGCAAGCAGCGUCCCAGCACAAGCCUGGGGUGAGUGUGAGUAUACCCAAGACUCAGGUCUUCACAGAGCUCUCCAACGGCAAACCCUACAUUGUGUUUGAAAUUCACUUCUUCAUAGAUGGCGAGGUGGUGCAUGUGUCCCGCCGGCGGUACAGCUCGCUCAAGGUGAUCCACGAGGAACUGCAGAAGGCUCUGGGCAAGGGCUCGUCAACCACCCUGCCCGCCUUCCCCUCCGCCAACCACUUCAAAAACUACGCCAAGCCACCCCACACCGAGGCGCGACGACUGAAGCUCGUUGGGUAUCUCAACGCGCUGGUUCAGGAGCCGGCGGUGCUGGUGCUGCCACACUUCCACAAGCUCUUCACCAUGGACCACCCUGCGGUGACCGCGAUGCGAUCAGCCGCCGGGCAGCUACUGGGCGAGAGGCGAGCACGGGACGAGGAGGUGCGACGGGCCAGGGAGGCCACGCUGCGCCAGGCCAAGGCCGACUGGCACUGGGCGCAGACGUUCGUGACGGGGGCGCCGGUGAUCGAGCUGGACGGGGUGGCGAUGCGGGCGCACGUGCCACUCACCUACGACCGCCCCGUGGCCUUCACCAUCCAGGAGAGGGAGCAGGCCCUCGGGGACAUGACCAUUUUCGGUCCCGGUGAAGAGCCGUGGUUCGAGGCGCCGCGGAUGGACCGGUCUAUCGUCAACUUUGGCGGGAGCGAGUAUGGCAUCUUCAACAUGAAGGGAGAGCAGCUGAUGUCGCUGGAGAAGAUUCCGUCCAACCAGAACCGCUACGAGAUCUACCACGUGGUGAACCCCGCCGAGGAUCGAUCGGAGAAGGCCCUGGUCAAGAUCGCCUCCGUCACCCGAGGGUCCGCGGGGUUACUCGGUGUGUUCGGCCACGAGAUUGUGCUCGCCGAUGGCGCAGUGAUUGAGUACAAGGGAGCCUCGUUCGGUAACGAGGCCACGUUGCAUGCCGACGGUGUGGCGGGCCACGAUGUGCUGCUCCACCUGGCCAUCACCAUCUGCAUCGAGAAACUUCACAACGACUGGGCCCGACCAGAGGCAAAAUAA